AUGUCUUACAAUGUUUACAAUACUAAUAUGGCUGAUUGCUUAAAUAAACUAAGAGUGUAUGACCUCAAUCAGUUAUGUCGAAAGUUUUUGUUACCACAGCAUGGGAAAAAAGUUGCAAUAGUAGAACGGAUAUUAGAGUACAUUACAGAUGUUGAAAGAGAAGAACAAAUAUAUGAAUUUAUUUUAGCAACGAAGCCUUCCAUUUUUGAUUUAAUUAGCGGAAGGAGAAUAAAUAACCCACUUAAUAAUAAUAUUAUUAGUAACAGUCAUAGUAAUAAUAAUAAAUAUUUUAGUAAUAAUAAUAAUUUCUUUCUUAGUAAUAAUAAUAAUCACGCAAAUAACCUUUUUUUAUGUAAUAAUAAUGAUAGUGUUAAUCAUUCAAAUAGUGAAAACUCCGUAAUAAAAAAAAAUAAUUUACCCGUUGAAAGAAAGGGUAAAGGGAUGAACAAAAAUGUUAUUAGUAAAAAUUGCAUAGUAAAAUGUAUAGAGUGCAACAAAUUACAGCAUGUCAGUUGCUAUACUCAAAAUGCAUGUGUAAACAAAGACUUAAAUAAUUACAAAAUAUUAUGUGUAGUAUGUCGACUAAGAGAUAUUGACCCGUUUUAUCCUCUGAAGAAAGUAUUAUGGAUGAAAAAUUUAAAUGUGAAUUCAGAAAAAUUAGUGAUUAAUGCAUGUGAUAUUAAAAGUUGGAGAAAUGAAAAUAAAGAAGUUAUAAUAUUUUGUAUGCAUAUUGACAAAAAAAAUUUAAGUACUAAUGUUAAUUUAAAACAAGAAUGGCCAAGGACUUUUAUUUUAAAAGUGAACGGUAAUGUUAUUGAAAAAAUUUUUGAACCCUCAUGGGAACAUAAACGACGGGAUAGCCCAUUAAAAAUUACUCAUACAUUAAAAGCAGGAAAUAAUAAUAUUGAUAUAAAUAUAACAAAUUAUGAAAUACCAAAAUUAUAUGUUGUUGCUUUUUUAUUAUGUAAUAUUGAAACAGAACAAAGUAUAAUUGAAAAUGUUAUUGUUAAUAGUUCGUUAAAUUUUAAAGAUUCAAAACAAAGAAUAAUUAAUAUAUUAUUAACAAAACAUGAUGAUGAUGAAGUUAUGUGUAUGGAAAUUAAUAGAAAAAUUAGUUUGCAUUGUCCUUUUUCUUUAGAUAGAAUUUUAAUACCAUGUAGAGGAGUAAAAUGUUGUCACAUACAAUGUUUUGAUUUAAAAUCAUUUAUUGAUGUAACUAAAAAAACAAAAGCUUUUAAUAAUAGAUGGAAAUGUCCUGUCUGUUCGUUAUUUUUAAGACCAAAAGAUUUAGUAAUAGAUACAUUUAUUACCUAUAUUUUAUCACAAGUACCUAAAGACAUUAAAGAAGUAGAAUUGAGCAAAAGUGGGGAAAUAAUUUUUAAUCAUAACAGUGUAGAAGGGAAAGUGAUUAAGCAGGUGGAUGAUAUUGAUUCAGUGAAUCUUCAGAAGAGCAAAAUAGAGAUUAAAACGGAGUAUAAUACAGGAGAUAAAGACAAUAUAUUCAGUCCUAAUGAAAUUAUUAUAUUAGAUUCAGACCCGGAAGAUAACAAUAAUUGCAGUUCUUUUGAAAAAAGCAGCGUGCAAAAGAAUCAUAAUGUUACACAGGGUGAACAAGAGGUCAUAUACAUAUCAGAUAGUGAUAAUGAGGAUAGUUUACCACAAACAACACACAAUAUUGACAAAAAAGGGAACGAGGAAAAUUCUCCCUUUUUAUUUGGAAUGAAUAAUUAUAGUACUAAUAAAAGUGUUAAUAAUUUCUUAAUGAGAAAUAUUAAAGGUUUAGAUAAAAGAAAUUUCCUUCCAAACUCUCGUAUUUUUUUCAACCAUAUGGUUUUGGAUGUUUUAAAUGAUAUUAGUAAAAUUCAUGUGAAUGAAAAAUUGUCAACUGUGAACAUGCAAAAGGAGAGAACACCAGAUCCUAAUAAUAAUACUAAUACAAACAACAAUAAUAGCGGCAGUAAUCAUAGCGGAAAUAAUCAUAGCAGCAGUAGUGAUAUUAAUACUAGAAGUAAUACUAACAUUAAUAGUAAUAUUAAUCAUAAUAAUAAUAAUGAUUAUAAUUAUAAUAAUAGUAGUAACAAUAGUAAUAGUAAUAAUAAUAAUAACAAUAGUAAUAAUAUUAAUAGUAAUAGUAAUAAUAUUAAUAGUAAUAGUAAUAAUAUUAAUAGUAAUAGUAAUAAUAUUAAUAGUAAUAGUAAUAAUAUUAAUAGUAAUAGUAAUAAUAUUAAUAGUAAUAGUAAUAAUAUUAAUAGUAAUAGUAAUAAUAUUAAUAGUAAUAGUAAUAAUAUUAAUAGUAAUAGUAACAAUAUUAAUAGUAAUAGUAAUAGUAACAAUAUUAAUAGUAAUAGUAAUAAUAUUAAUAGUAAUAGUAAUAAUAAUGAAAUUUCGAGCGCACCCCCUUUGGGUUUUUAUAAUAAAAGAAGCAUAUUAGCUAAAGAUAUAUAUCUUCUGAGUAGUCAGAAUGCAUUGAGCUUAAAAACAAAUAAUGAAUAUAUAAGUAACCGUGAUUCAGUAGAAGAUAAUAAUUUAUUUUAUUUAAAUAAUGUGAAGAAUGGGAAAAUAUGUUGUACACCUACCCCUCAAGGAAAGGAUAACAUAAUUUCAAUAAAUAAUAAUUUAGUUGCAGUAAGUAAUACUUUAUUAUCUUUGAAUAAGGAUAUCAGUUGUAAUAAUAGUAUUGCUAGCAGUCGUAAAUAUAGUAAUGGUAACAGAAAUUAUAAUAGAAUUAGUGCCAGUAAUGAUAAUAUAAUUGGCGGAAGUAUGGAUAAUAUAAUUGGCGGAAGUAUGGAUAACAUAAUUGGCGGAAGUAUGGAUAAUAUAAUUGGCGGAAGUAUGGGUAAUAUAAUAGGCGGAAGUAUGGAUAAUAUAAUUGGCGGAAGUAUGGGUAAUAUAAUAGGCGGAAGUAUGGAUAAUAUAAUUGGCGGAAGUAUGGGUAAUAUAAUAGGCGGAAGUAUGGAUAAUAUAAUUGGUGGAAGUAUGGGUAAUAUAAUUGGCGGAAGUAUGGGUAAUAACGGGAAAAGUAAGGAGCACCUAUCACUGCUUGACAUUAAAAAAAUGAGCGAAGCAUUAUUUUCAGAAAAUGAAAGUAACAACCGAGCAUGUUCUAGUGAGGAACAAAAUUUCAUUAUUAAUGAUAAAUCAUGUAUAGGCGAGAACAAGAGUAAUUUUUAUUUGAAAAUAGAAGGUAGGUCUAUUUUCGACAAAGAUAAAUUACCAAAUAAUGAAAUAACCAGUCUUAAUAAUUUUGAGAGUUACAAAUAUCUUGACAGUGAUUUAAGGGAUAUACUUGUGGACGAAAAUAAACAAAAUAAAAAGAAAAAGAAAAGGAAGAAAAAAGAAAGAAGAAGUAAUACAAUGGAAAAGAUACGGAAAUAUGAUAGUUUUUCAAGUAAUUUUAAUUUCUCCAUGAUUAAUUUCAAAAGUAAAUAUAGUAGAUGUAAACAGUUGAAGGAUAGUAAUAAUAAUAACAGUAAUAAAAAUAGUAGUAGUAGUAGUAAUAAUAAUAAUAAUAAUAGUAGUAAAAAUAAUAGUACUAGUAAUAAUAAUGAUAAUAAUAACAGUAGUAGAAACCGUAGUAACAGUAAAAAUAGUAACAAAUGUAAAAGUUGUAGUAGCACAAACAUUAAGAAUAAAAUUUAUCAUGUUAUGAAUAGAUCCAGGUACACCAAAAAAACUAACAGCAAAAACGAUAGUUUAAAUGGCAAAAAAAGUAAAAAAAAAAAGAAAAACAAGAAAUAA